AGAUAAGAUGCGUAUUUGCGUAAAUACGUUUUGAAAUUUACAAAAAACGCAUUUAAAAUCAAACCUACGCGUACUGAUACGCAUUGAAAAAACGGGAUACGUAUUUUACUCGAUUUAAGUGCGUAAUCCAAUUUUAUCGUAAAUCAAGCAAAUCCUUUUUGUAAUCGAGUACAACAAACAAAAUGGUGUCUCAUAAAAAAGGAAACGCAAACGAUAUCGUAAAAUAAUGCCAUUUUCUUCUUCAAGUAUAUUAGUGUGUGACAGGAGAUGACUCGGACAAUGCCUAUCGCUAAGCAUGUGACCUAUGAUAUAUAAUGGGUAAUUCAAAGCCAUUAAUGCAGCUGUAAAGAAGAGGAACAUAUCGAUUAUAUGAUCAUAAUGUCAGGAACAGGAUCAGGAUAUUCCACACCUGUAUCAGGGUUUAUGAAACUUCCUCCUAUUGUUACCAGUGAAUCAGACAGAGAGUUUCUGCGUGUGUUGAAUGAGUACAUCGAACUGGAACUUGGGAAGGUCAACCCUGAUGAUGAUGAGCAACGUUAUAUAGUAUAUAAGACAGCUUUCAACAAGAUUAUAGAGCAUGUAACUGCAUACCAACCACUGCUGACAACCAUCAAAAAGGAGUAUGAGGAAACCAUAGAAGCCAUAAAGAAGGCCCAGAGGGAGGCAACAUUUCUACAUGGAAAACUCAAGGCUAUGGCCUCAGAACCCUCCACUAUAAGAAACUACAGGAAGAGGGGAGAUGAACUUGAAGAGAGAGUAAAUAUAGUGAAGAAGGACAAUGAGAGAUUACACAAUCAGCUGAUUGAAUUGAAAGUGAGAAGAAUGGAGAAAGAGAAAAAGGAAAAAGAAAUAACUGAACCUCCGAAACGCGAGAUGAAGAAAGAUCAUAGACUCAUUCCAGGUUUAACCCUUGAGGAGAGUACAGAUAAGCAACUUCUACAGACAAAACUAGAGGAGCUUGACAGGCAACUGAAAGAACUGACAAUAAGUUUUAAGACCCGUUAUGUCCCUAAGACACGCAAGAUUGAGCUCAAGGAAAGUCUGGACAAUAAAGUGGCCCACAGGGACAUGUUGCUGAGACAAGGACAAUUUUAUAAGGCCAAGAGACAGAGACUGAAGGUAGCAUCAGAAGCAGCUCAGGCAUACAACAGAGAGAAACCCCCUCAUCAGACAGUUGGAGAUACUGUCAUGAUGGCCUUACAGUAUGCAGCUAUGCAGGCCAGGAAACAGAAGGAAGCAGAGGUAGCUGCCGAGAACCAGAACCAGUCAGAGGGCAUGGGGCCACAGCGAGAAGGGUCAGGGUUUGGAGAGGGCCCAUCUACAACAUCCACAUUUGAAGACGAUGACCCUAAUAAAGAAAAAGAGGCAGAAAUGAUGCUUGAAUACAUUGAGAAGUUUAAUGAAUUGUUUGAGGAUGGGAAGUAUGAAGAAGCAGCUAUUCAUGCUGCUAACAGUCCCAAGGGUAUACUAAGGACAUCAGCAACACUUGCAAAGUUUAGAGCUGCACCAAUGGAUUAUGACGAUGUGAAAGUACGUAUCAAUGGCCGCACGCCAUUACUGAUGUUUUGUGAUGCACUGAUGCCAUCAGCAGGAUCAGAAAAUGCUCGGCCAGAUGCACGUUUAUCCCUCGAGUGUGUCGAAUGUGCACUUUAUGAGAAUAGGCUGGAUCUUCUCUCACACUGGGUGGCUCAGAAAAGGUUGACAUUUACAGAGGAGAUGGGACAUAUGAUACACAAUCAUUGUAAAUGUCAGAUACCAUGUCGCUGUUCAGCUCAGGCAAUGGCACAGAAUGUCUUCAUCAAGUUGAAAAUGUACAAAGAAGCAAUUGUCUGCCUAUUGAAACAGGGAAGAGUAAGGGCUGGCCUGGACUUAGCCCGUCAGAGAUGUGACUUUACAAAGGAAGACUACAUAGAUUUGUUGCGGAGCAGUCCGUCCAUACAACUUCUUCAUGCGCUGGUUGAUAGGGACAACAGAGGAGAGCGCCCUCUGUCUAUUGGUUGUGUCAUUAUGAAUCUGAUGGAAGAAAAUAAGUUUGAGCUGGCUCUCCCUUUUAUACAAGAGAUGCAGCAUAAACCCUCAAAAGAUGAACCCCAUACUUCAGCAUUCCAUGCAGCUGUUCUAGAUGACCACGAGACCUCUGUACAUGACUGGAAUGAACUGGUCCAUAUCCUACAGGACCAGGGAUAUGGGGAGACAGCUAUGGGACUUCUGGCAGCUAUCACUGUCCUUCAGGCAAUGAAAAAUGCAAUCAGAACAAGUCAGGAGGAAUUUCAUAAUCUUGCUCAAUCUGAAAAUACAGAUGUUCUGUUUUAGACAAAUGUUUCAGCUAUCAUAAUUAUGCUCUCUUAAACAUUUCAGUUGACUUUCAACUGAAAUGGACUUAAAGAUCAUGGUGCAUAAUGGCAAGGUGGAUUUUGUUAAAUAUGCCUGUGGAGCUGUUCUCAUUUUAGUUUUUGAGACAAAUUAGUUGGAUAAAUAUUAUAACUCUUAUAUUCAGUGAGUUACUAGCAUAAAGUAAAAUAUUAGGAGGUAUUGUGCAGUUCUAUAGAUGUACAUCAAACGUGGCUAGAAGCGUCACUACAUUGACCUUUCUCAAGUUUGUUUAAAUGAUUUUAUCACAUUUGAUGUCGUGGGAGUGAAAUAAAGCCAUUACAUAAAUAUUAAAUUUGAUAAUACACGAGUAAUUAAGAAAUAAUAAAUCUCAUCCAGUGAUUUGUCGUUGAAUAAUAUCAUUGUUUGGAGUUCAGAUGCGAAUGAAUUAUAUCAUGAGGGCUGUGCCCGAGUGAUAUAAUAAUACGCAUCUGAACGACAAUGAUUUUAUUCAAGAGCAAAUCACUAAAUGAGAUAUAUUAUUUCGAUUCUAACACAUUACCAAGGAUUUUUAAGUACAUCCUUGAUGACGUCCGUCAAAUAUUUGCCUGUUUUUUGUUGGUUUCUUUUUCAAUGCGCCGCUAUGCUGUUUGACGCUAAGAUGUAAUGAUUGUGAAGUCAGAACAGUGAAUUGUUGUAAAAUAACACACAGCUUUCAGUCUUCUUUGUUUGAUAGGAAAAUGAUUCAAGUCAUGUUAGAAUAAAGCUUAGACGUUGACGUCGUUUAUAAUAUAGGAGACGUUGGGCGAAUUUACUUGGUCUAUAUAGGUAAAGAAAGAAGAAAUUUUGAUGUUUCAACAGGAAAAGCUUACAUGGGAUAAAAAGAAUAAUACAUUUGUGUCUUUCCACAUUGAAUUUAUUAGCUCACCUGUCACAUAGUGACAAGGUGAGCUUUUGUGAUCACCCUUCGUCCGUCAUCCAUCGUCAGUCCAUGCGUCAGUGCAUCCGUGCGUCAGUCAACAAUUUCUUGUCUGCACGAUAGUGGUUUUAUUUAUGAUUUUAUUUUAACCAAACUUGCACACAACUUGUAUCACCAUAAGAUCAUGGUUCCUUUCUUGAACUGGCCUGAUCCCAUUAUGGGUUCCAGAGUUAUGGCCCCUGAAAGGGCCAGAAUUAGCUAUUUUGACCUUGAUUGCACAAUAGCAGCUUCAUUUAUGAUUUUAUUUUAACCAAACUUGCACACAACUUGUAUCACCAUAAGAUCUUGGUUCCUUUCUUGAACUGGCGAGAUUCCAUUAUGGGUUCCAGAGUGAUGGCCCCUGAAAGGGCCAGAAUUAGCUAUUUUGACCUUGUCUGCACAAUAGCAGCUUCAUUUAUGAUUUGAAUUUAAUCAAACUUGCACAAAACUUGUGUCACCAUAAGAUCUCAGUUCCUUUCUUGAACCGGCCAGAUCCCAUAAUGGGUUCCAGAGUUAUGGCCCCUGAAAGGGCCAAAAUUAGCUAUUUUGACCUUGUCUGCACAAUAGCAGCUUCAUUUAUGAUUUGAAUUUAACCAAACUUGCACACAACUUGUAUCACCACAAGAUCUUGCUUCCUUUUUUCCUGGCCAGAUUCCUUCAUGGGUUCUGGAGUUAUGGCCCCUUGAAGGUCCAAAAUUGGUUAUUUUGGCUUUUGCAGCCAUAUAGAGACUUCAUUUAUUGUUUUAUUUGAUACAAACUUUCAAAAUAUCUUCAACAACAAUAAAUCUUGGAUUCCAUGACAAAUCAGAUCCAAUCAUAGGUUCCAGAGUUAUUUUAUAUCUGAUUACCUCCCCUGAUUGUAAUCAAAAUGGAUUUAUAUCAGUAAGUACUUAUAGGACUUAUUUGAAAUUUCAUUAUUGUUAUUAGUUGGACUGAGACAAUCAGGGUAGAUAACUAUGGACUGAUUUAUGUCAAAUUACCUCCCUUUAUUUCAAAUUAAAAUGGGUAUAUCUCCAUAACUAAUGAAGAUACUGAUCUGAAAUUUCAUUUAUGUCAACAGAUUUAUUUGGCAGAUCCUUCUUUUGUUCACCCACAAUAUUUAUUUUUUUAAUUACUUCCCUUUUACGUUACUAUAAAUAGCUUAUUUUUAGUAACUUUUUUAUUAUUAGCCGUAGGGAAAAACCGAGACCACUUUUCUGUGGUACAACAUGGAUGGUACCUCCAAUUUUUAGGUGUUUAUUGACAUAUCUAUACCUUGUAAGAAUUUUUUUUUCUUUUUGGUUAAAUUUCUUCCCAUUGUUGUUCCUGUCCUUUGGACUUAGAUAUUUUUUCUGAGGACCUUCUUGUCCUUAAGUGCAAUUAUAACAGGUGAGCGAUAUAGGGCCAUCAUGGCUCUCUUGUUAAACUUGUGAAUAAAAUUGAUAAAAUGCUCGGCAUAGCCUCACAUUUUAUUAUUUUAUUCAACUUGUUUAGUAAAUUCAAUAUGAAAAGACACUCGUGUAAAAUCCUUUACAUAAUUGGCUGACAUUACGGGGCUGCAAGAGCUGAAAAUAAUCUGUUUAUGUAUGAAACAUUAUCCAGAUUGUUAUCUUAAAAGCUUUUACCUGGUAUUUUAUGUUACUAGUAAUUACUGAGACCAGUGUUGAGAUGUGUCAUACUGUUCAAGGCUAUUUUUCUGAUUUUAUUGUUUAACAUGUUAGUAUUAUUAUCUAUCAUAUUUCUUUUUGGAUGUUUUUCAAAAGUUACCCUUCAGAAUGAAAAUUUAUCAGAAUAUAUUUUGAGAAUAUGAUGUGUAUUAUCAUCAUAAGGGUAGCAGAGAGUCAGAAUUUUAUUUAAGGCCAUAAAAAUGAGCCAAAUCCUAGUGGUUCAUUAUAAAAUGUAUUAAAUGUAUACAUGUGUUACGAGAUAAAACAAUGAUAACUUUCAUUAACAGUGAGUAUUCUUGAAAAGAUGUAUGUUCACUUGUUAAGGUUUUACCGAAAUAUUCCUUACUGUAUCAUGUUUGAUGUUAUAUGCUUCUCUUUAUUAUUGUCUGUGAUAUUAAAAGACUGAAAUUGUUAUCAAA